AUGGCGGCGGGAGAUGAUACCGCACCGACCGAAACACCGACCGUCACCGUUGCUCAGCUGGAGGCUCUCACAGCUCAGAUGAAGCAGAACGAAGAACGACUUGCGCAAAUCCAGGCGGAGAACGCAACCCUACGAGCAGAAAACGCGUCAUUGACUCAGGCUCGCAAUAGAUAUCGAGAACCGGUCCCUCCUAUGCAAUCGUUCGACACUCCACCACUUACGGGUGCAACAGGAGCAACCCUAGGAGCAGGAGCUACCGACGCUGCGCAAGGUAACCAAACAUUGGUUCCACCCCUUGCACCAACGAUGGAACAUCAAUCUGAAGACUCGCAUACUAUGUUCUCAAAGCGAUUGGAGGCUAUGGAGCUCUUGCUCGCGCGACUUCCAGGAGUAGCUCCUCCAAUCACCAAAAGUGCUCCUAAUUGCUAUGCAGACACUCCCUUCACGGAUGCCAUCGCUUUGGUUGAGAUGCCAAAGAAGUUCAUCGUCCCUUCAAUGAAGAUGUACGACGGGACGACCGACCCUGAUAAUCAUAUAGCCCAGUACAAGCAACGCAUGUUCACAACGGCAAUAGCAAAAGAAUAUCGCGAAGCUAGUAUGUGUAAAGGAUUUGGAUCUAGCCUCACGGGACCAGCUCUUCAGUGGUUUACGAACCUACCGAACGCGUCAAUCGACUCGUUCGCGUCAUUGACAGACCGCUUUGUUGAGCAAUUCGCGAGCAGCAGGAACAUAGAAAGGACAGCCGACGAUCUCUAUGAAGUGAUACAGAAGAGAGGAGAACCGUUGCGCGAUUACGUAGGUCGCUUCAACAAAGAGAAAGUAUCCAUUCCGGCAUGUGUCACGUCCACUGCCAUCUCUGCAUUCAAAAGAGGAUUGCUCCCAGACAGUGAUUUGUACAAGGAACUGACGAAGUACCAGUGCAGAACGAUGGAAGAUGUGCUAUCUAGAGCAUGGGCUCAAAUAAGGUGGGAGGAAGACCCUGCAUAUCGACACCUACUUUCCCCACGAUCUGAUUCGCGCGUUGUUAGGAACGAGCGUCCCUCUCGAGAUGACAGACCGUACCAGAGACCACGCAGUGAAAGCACUAGCAAGAGAAGCGACCAUCGACCACUCAACCAAAUUGAGAGCGACCAACGCUCAUCAUCCACAUGGCCAGACAUGAGUAACCUCGCAAUAUCUCCUGCAGAACUAGUCAAUGUUCUUAAUCAUAUAUCUGGAGUAAGAUGGCCUCAAAAGAUGAAAGCACCAGGGGAACGAAGAGACACAUCAAAGUGGUGCGACUUUCACUCUGACCAUGGUCAUCGAACAGAAGAUUGCAUCACGUUGAGAAUGGAAGUAAACGAGCUACUAAAAAAAGGUCACUUGAGAGAAUACUUGUCCGACAGGGCUAGGAGUCGCAUCGACGACAGAAGCAAUGACGAGGUGCAAAGAAAACCAUCUCCUGCUCAAUCUCCAGCAUGA